AUGGCUCAACGUGUUACUUAUAGAAGAAGAAAUCCAUGUAUGUAAUAGACAACAAAGUUAUAAACAAGUGAGAAUAAAGAGGGAAAGUUAUUGCAAAUUUGAAUGAAAUAUUGAAUGAAGGAAUCAACAGCUCAUCAAGAAAUGAAAUAUUGAACAAAUAGAGAGAAAGGUCCAUCAAAUCCAAUGUAAAAUAACUUUUAUGAAGAGAGACGAAUUCAGUAAUAAAUUCAUGUUAUUUUUCAGUCAUUUUCAAAGUCAAUAUUGCAUAAUUAAACCUUUCACAAAAGUUAACUAGUGAUCAUUAUACUAACAUUUUCUUUUAGACAACACCAGAUCAAAUAAAAUCAAAGUUGUUAAAACUCCAGGUGGUAAAUUAGUUGCUCAACAUGUUAAAAAAGCUGCUUCAAGAGUUAAAUGUGGUGAUUGUGGUUCUGCAUUACCUGGUAUUUCAACUUUAAGACCAAGAGAAUAUGCUCAAGUUUCAAAAACUCAUAAAACUGUUCAAAGAGCUUAUGGUGGUUCAAGAUGUGCUAAUUGUGUUAAAGAAAGAGUUGUUAGAGCUUUUUUAAUUGAAGAACAAAAAAUUGUUAAAAGAGUUUUAAAAGAACAACAAGAUAAAGAAAAAAAAUCAACUGCUAAAAAGUCAGGUAAAAAAUAA